GUCCAAGUGCUGAAAACAGAAGUGAACAGCACCGCUACUGAGGAGAUGUCAUACACCCUUACUGCUGUCUGAGCUUUAUUGCCAAAGGUAAUAAUUUGCCUAUAAUGCUGCAUUUCCACCACAAGUUGCCCGCGGGGGGAGCCGUGGUCCUGCUCGCCUUCCUCCUUCAUGGAUGCGCCGUGCAGGCUGCGUCUCUCUCCCGUCACUACAGGCUCCGAGGCGGGGAGAGCGAUGGGCAGCCCGCUGCGUAUCCACCCAGCUCCGACAUGAUCAAAGCCCUGGAGUACAUUGAAAACCUGAAACAGCAGCGAAACGGGGGCCAACCUGAACCCGUGGAUUACGACGAAGUGGAGAAGUUCAGGGUCCUACUUCAGCUCGCCUCGCAGCAGGACGAGGGUCCCGGGGACCAUCAGCCUUCCCCAGGCAUGCAGAGGCAGGACAUUACCGCUGAGCAGUUGAUGAAAGCACUGCUCAGGUCUCUCCAGGAUCAGACCGGGAAAGACACAAAGCUUAGCCCCGCACCGCCGCCAAGAAACGACCGCCGCGCGCACAGGCACCGCACCAAAGAUACUGAAAUGCCCGAGAGCGCACCGGUAGAUUACGGCAAUUUCCCCAGACCCCACAAGAAGUACCCGCUGAUGUUUGAGGACGAGGAAAAUACCGACGCUUCCAAGCGGGCUACCGAGGACCUGGAUGAGCAGUACACACCCCAGAGCCUCGCCAAUUUACGGUCCAUCUUCGAUGAGCUCGGUAGAAUGCCCACAAUCUCUGGCCAGAAGAGAGACGGGGAUGACGGGGAAGAAGAAGAGGAUAGGCUCAGCCUGAGAAACCAGGCCUAUGAGGAUGUGGCCGGAGGCGAGGAGUGGGUCCCAGUGGAGGAGAGGGAAGAGGCGGAGGAGAUGGUCAAUGGGAGCCACGAAGAAAUGGACAGGGCGCUUGGUGAACAGGAGGAAUCAGAGAGGGAGCAGAUGCAACGCCGGGCCAACCAGAACCAAGAAGAGGCUGACGAUGACACUAAGCUGAUAGAUUAUUACCUGUUGAAGGUCCUGGAGAUGAGCGACCAGACACAGAAGAGGGAUAAGACCGGUGACCAGAAAAAGAGACUGAUCCGUCCCUCAAUCGUGGAUCCUCGGACAGUGAAGGAAUUGCUGGAGCUCUCCCUGAAACUGCACGUCCCUCCGCAAGAUCUUAUCGAUAUGCUGCUCACCGAGGAGCUCAGAAAGCUCCACCGCGAUCCCCAAGCCGCAGCUCGCUACACCAAUGCCGGCCAAACCCCCAAGAUAAGGUACUUCAGCCGCAGACUGCCGCUGAAAAGCAAGACUGCCCCUGAUGAUAUGGACAGAGAAGACUUUUUAGACAUCAUCGGGGUAGAGACAAUCAGUAACGAGUAUCCCGUGGUACAGAGACCCAUGAAGACCCCUCAGCCCUCAGACAGAAUCCCAGUGGCGUCCAACCCUGCAGCAAAUUCAGGUCCCGUUAAAAUCCCGCCUCCCUCCGGACGCAGGGAGAAUCUGUUUCUCUCCGAGCUCAACAAAAUGCCCCUAAAGCGUGAGGCCGACGGUGCUGACGAUGACGAUGAUGGUGGUGACGUGGAAGACGAGGUGACAACAUACCUGGCUGCCAAAAUCCUCACAGAGUACCCCAACACCAUCACCAAACGGGACACCCAGGCGCAGCUGAAGGGGCAGUUCCCCUACGAGCUGUACGAGCGCGCUAUGGACUACUUGGGGCAAGCGGACAGUGAGAAAAGGCCACUGGCCAAGAGGGAAACCGAGACAGCCAUAGAGGAGAACGUAAAGCCUACAGAGAUGCAGGGGAAAGAGAAGAUAACGGCCAAAACCUCGGCCCCUCAAACCGUAAAUGAAGAGGAGGAGCACCGUGAAAAAACAGUGGCCGGGAUGUAGCCAGAUGCCCUGCCAGACGCACGAAAUUAUGAAUUUAGUAUAUAUACUGUCUGAAAAAUAAAGUUUGGUGGACGUGAUCUAGUUUACAAAUUUCUAUUAUAUGAACUAUAGCCGGUAUUACUAAUAUCUCCCUAACGAAAAUGAACUAUAGCACUCUUAAAAUUCAAAUAUUGUAAAAAAAAAAAAAAAAGUCCCUACUUGCUGCAAGAACAUUAUAUUAA